GACUAAACCCUUCCUUUGUUGUUUUUCGCUUUUUCCUUUUCAACGAUAUUUCUGUUUUCCAACCAAACACAAAUUACACAACCAAAUAAUAAAACCAUGAGCCGAAAAAGAGACAAACCCUACAACUCCCGCCAUAUUCCAUACUCCUACCCUAAACGCCGCCGCCCUAUUCCACCGCCACCUCCUGUCGUCGAACCACCCAAACAAAAACCAACCCCACCACCCGCUUUGGUCGUCAUUGGGCUCCCUUUGGGCUGCUCGGUUUUGGACCUCAAAUCCAGGUUCGAAAUCUAUGGGCCCAUUUCUCGGAUCCGGAUUGACCCACAAGGUGUUGGGUUCAUUUCUUACCGAUCUAAAUCCGCCGCUGAUUCCGCCAUCUCCGCCUCCGUUGAUCCCUCCUUCGGCAUCUCCAUUGACUCCCACCCUGUUCAAGUGAUGUGGGCUAGUGAAAUGAAUGGAGAGGCAGGAGUUGAGGAGGAAAGUGAGAGAAAGAAUUUAAACACGAGUCCGAAUGCGAAUACGUCGAAGCUGUUGAGGGGGGAGGCGCCACUAAGUAGACAUGGGAAGGGGAAUAGGUUGAGUUCAGCCAUUGUUAAUCCCAAUAUCAAUACCAAUACGAAUACCAGUAGUAGUACUAGUUCUGUGUUGGAUGCUCCAUUUAAGGAUAGGGAAAUUAUUGCUUAUGAUGAUUUAUUUUAGUAAUAGUUUAUGUAUAUUAUUUGAAUUAAAUAGAUUUUGUUGGGCUUUGCUUUGCCCUCAUUCAAUUCUUGAGUAAGAUUAGCAAUUUUUUUAGGUGUUUUUUGCUGCUGCUGUUUUUUUAGUAUCUCUGGUUUUCUGAACUCUGAAGUAUUUGAUGUAAUUUACUGAUGUCAUGUAAUUAUGGGAUGAUUUUACUCGUUUGAAAAACAAAAACUAUAAGCUUAACUAUUUGGCAA